AGAAAGGAAAUGAAAAAGUACCCAUCAACUAAUCCAGUAGAUGAAUUCAACAGGAACGUUACUAUAACGAACCUAAAAUUAAAUCAUUUGGAAUAUAGGAAUGUAGAGGGAAAGGUAAAAGAAUUGAAAAAUAGAUUUUAGAACUUAUUUGAAAGAGUGAAAGGUUAUCAAGAUCUGAUUGGGUAGUUUAGAAAAUAAAAGAUCAUUCUAUACGAAAGAAGAAAUAUGUCUGCACCAGGAUAAGAAUGUUAUGGUACAUAAAUUAUAAAUGUUAGGAAUGGAUGACUAUGGAGAUAUAUUUUAUGGGAUCAAUUUUGCAUCAGCAGACUAUUUGGGUUUAUGUACAAAUGAGUAAGCAAAGGUAUAAUUAAAUUUAAAAAGAAUAGGAAGCAGCAGCAACAGCAGCAUAAGAAUAUUCUGUGAAUUCUUGUGGUGCACCAUUAGCUUUUGGUGCUUCAAAAUAUUAUAUGUAAUUGAAAGAAGAGUUAAAAGACUAUUGGAACAUGAAAGAGGUAAUAAUAUACAGUGCUGGUUGGUUAGCAGGAUAUGGAGUAGUAAAAGGAUUAAUAAGGUAUUUGUUGAUUUUUCAUAAUAUAUAUAGACCAUAUGAUUUUGUAAUAAUGGAUGAAUUAUGUCAUAAUUGUUUAACUGAAGGAGCUCAUGCAGCUACUAAGAAUGUUUUUAGAGUAACUCAUUUGAGUCUUGAAGCAAUGGAAAAGAAGAUUUAUGAAGUUAGAUAAGAUAACCCAGAUGCAUGCAUUUUAGUUGUAACUGAGGGUUUGUUUAGUAUGGACAGUGAUUAUACAGAUCUUGUGGCUUUAUAAAAAAUAACAUAGAAAUAUGAAGCUUUCUUAUUAAUAGAUUGUGCUCAUGAUUUUGGAUGCAUGGGCAAAACUGGUAUAAAAAAGAAAUAAAAUUUUAGGCAAAGGAGUUUUUGAAAUUUAAGGUCUCUAAGAUUUUUCAAAUGUUCUUUUAAUGUCUGGAGGAUCUAAAUGUUUAUCCACUAAUGUUGGAUGGGUUGCCUGUAAUUCUUUUGAAGUUAUUGAUUAUCUUAAAUUCUUUUCUUCUGCUUAUAUGUUCACUAAUUCAGUUAAUCCUGUUUAAUGUGCAACUGCUUUAGCAUAACUCAGAAUUUUAAAUAGUGAGGUUGGUGUCAGAUUAAGAACAUAAGUUCUAUAAAAUUAUCAUUACAUGAAAAAAGAAUUAAACUCUAGAAACUAUAAAAUUUUAGGUUAUCCAUCUCCUAUUUUACCUUUAUUAAUUGGGGAUGAAUUAACCUGCAGAAUUGUAACCAGAUUAAUGUUAGAUGAAGGAAUUCAUUGUAAUGGUAUUGAAUAUCCUAUUGUUAAAAUGGGACAAGCUCGUUUAAGAGUUAAUCUUUAACCUUAACAUUCUAAAGAGUAUUAUUUCUUCUAAUUUUUAUAGUCAAAUGGAUACAUUCAUUGAAACCUUUGAUUUCUGUUUUAAGAAAGCUACUCAAAUUACUCAAGAUUCAUUAGAAAGAUAUUAACUCUACUUAGAAUAACAGGAACAAUCAAAAUCCAAAAAUAAUUUAAAUUAAGUCAACUUUAAUGAAACCAAAAUGGAACUCAAAAAGCCUAAUUUAUGA